AUGCCUUCCACGGCUGGAAUCUUUGUUCCUGUUCGCAUCAACACGAAGAAAAAGAAGCUCAAGGAAUUCGAAGACGAGGCGGAGGAAUUGGCCCGCGUGCCUCGAGUCUCACGGAUACCCCAGAAAGAGAAAGCCCACCAUUCAUCUCAGGGAAUGGAGGGCUGCGUGCACAGCUCCACUGCACAUGGACCAAGCCCCAAGGGAAACAGCCACCACGUAGCUGGCUCUCCCGAGAAGAAGGACGGAGAGAUAAACCAUGCAGACCGCCGCUUCCAUGCUGAGAACGAAUAUCCCACCCGCUUCAGCUUGCAGGAAAUGGAAAUCGACAUCGGCUCGUGGAUCUGUCUUGCAUGUCCCACUUCAACCCGCAAAUGCCGGGACUGCAAACAAUACGAAGGCCACGAAGACUCCCUGGUCAUCGCCAUCCAUGGAGAGUGUCUCACAGAAAAGACUAGAAAACGUUCGGCCAUCGGAGUAUUCUACGGCCGCGGCAACGCUGGCAAUAUCUCCUGGCCCGUUCCAGGCAAGGACGACCACAGCCACACGACCCAGAUCGCCGACUUGACAGCCUGUCUGCGGGCCCUGCGCAAUGCAACCUUGAUAAUCGAGAAACGCAGUAAGAUGAUGCGCAAGGGCAAGGUCCUCAUGCCGCUGAAUACCUUCGUUAUCAAAACAGACUCCGAGUACCUCGUGCGCAGCUUGACGGAGUGGCUGCCCAAGUGGAAGAAGAAUGGAUGGAAGACUUGCAAGGGUGUUCCGGUCGCUAACGCUGAUAUGUUCAAGCUGCUCGAAACUGGUAUCAUCAUGGUUGAGAUGGUCGUCCAGGUUAAGUUCUGGCUCGUCCCCAAGGAGAACAACCUGGAGGCUACUUGCUUGGCAAAGAUGGCUUUGAUGAUGGAAUGA